AUGGUCGUUCUCUCUACGGAAUGGCUCGAGCUUGAAGAAGCCCUCGGGAAUCGCCCCCUUCUCAAAGGCUCUCCAGAAGAGAUCAAGAAGCAGUACAGCGGUCUUAUGACUUUCCUUGCAGCUAACCGCCCUCCGCCAGACCCAUAUGUAUCCGCGAACGACAUGACAAUCGCUGGGGUCAAGUGUCGGGUAUACACGCCCGGUUCGCCAGCAACCCCUCGGCCCGUCGGAAUAUACACCCAUGGAGGUGGAUUUGUUUGCGGUGAUCUUGACUCUGAAGAUGCGCUCUGUCGAGUGAUCUCCAAGGCCGUAGACUGCAUUCUCGUCAGUGUAGACUACCGACUUGGCCCUGAGCACAAGCUCCCGGCCAUGCUCCAGGAUACGCUAGCGGUAUACCAAUGGGUAUGGGAAAACGCUUCCCAGCUCGGCGGCAAUCCGGCCGCGUUCUUCUCCAUCGGCGGGAGCGCCGGAGCGGGAUUGGCUCUUGCUGUUGCGAAUCAUUAUGCUCAGCGAGCUGACGGUAGGAAGUAUAUCAAAGGAGUUGUUGCACUAGUACCAUUGGCGUUGCACUGGGAUAAUGUCCCUGCCGAGUAUAAGGGCGACUACACGUCGUAUGACGACAACGCAGACAAUGUCCCCGUUAUCGACAAGUCUACGAUGGAAUCGUUCUAUCAGGCUGUUGCGGCCGAUCCAAAUGAUUCUAACAUCUUCACUGCCUUGUCACCCCAUCUUCCAAAUUUUCCACCUACGUAUAUCUGUACCUGCGGAGCGGACCCCCUCCGCGAUGAUGGAACUAUAAUGGAAAAGUCUCUCAGGAAGUCUGGUGUUCCAACGAAGCUGUCAACAUAUCCAAAUCUACCUCACUAUUUUUGGAUCUUCCCGGACCUGGAAGCUAGUGGAGGGUUCAUCAAUGAUGUGAUUUCCGGGACUAACUGGGUCAUUUCGCAGUUCCCGACUUUGAAUUAG